GGAGGUUCCCAUACAUACGUGUGCAAGCAGGCUCAUGCUGUUUGGAUCUGUGCAGAGAGGCAACAUGAGAACCAUGGAGGGAGUUGGCGCGCUGAUAUUCAUCCUGGCAGCUCUGGGUACAGCUGAGGCAGGCUUAAUGAGAGAAAAACGGAAGGCAUUGCCUGGUUUCUCCUUGUCAUUUUCCUCUUCGUUCUCCUCCUCCUUUGAGAGUUCAGGAGGGAUCUGUCUUAACGGAGGCACCUCUGUCCGAUCCCUGACUACUGGUGAACACAUGUUCUGUUUGUGUGCCGACGGCUUCGAGGGGAGUAACUGUGAGAAAGUGAAAAGCAGCCACUGCUACGACGGUUUGGGGCUGUUCUACCGAGGCACAGUGUCUCAAUCAAAGAGUGGACGAACAUGUGCCGAGUGGGAUUCAGACACCAGGGAGCGCUUCUUGUCCUCAGACGUUAACUCAGGGAGGCACAACUACUGCAGGACUAUAAACUACAGACUGCGUCCGUGGUGUUACGUUUGGAAGAACCAGCAGCGGGUGUUUGAGUACUGCGCUAUUCCCCGUUGUGGCUCUGAGGCGGUUCCAGUCGCACCUCCGCCUGCACCCACUGAGCCACAGCCAGCUGCAGAGUCCACAUGUGGCCAGCGCUCCAGGAGAAAGCUGAUGAAGAUCGUGGGUGGAACAGUUGCCACUGUGGAAUCCCACCCGUGGGUUGCUGCCAUAUUUUGGCGCAGUAAAUCCAAGGAGAAGGUUUUCCGCUGUGGGGGGAGUCUGAUCUCAGCCUGCUGGGUCCUCACAGCUGCCCACUGUUUCCCUGACGGCUCCCACGCCAAAAACCGCAGGUUCUCCGUCAUCCUGGGGAAAAAUGCCCUGAAUGAGAGCGACCCGACUGCGGAGCAAGAAUUCAGGGUGGAAGAAAUCAUCGUCCAUGAAGGGUUUGACAACAGUGAAGGGAACUUCAACAAUGACAUCGCUCUGGUGAAGCUGAAGGCCGAUCAAGGGAAGUGUGCAGAGGAGAGCAACUUGGUGAAGACCGUCUGCCUGCCGCCGCCUCAGCAGCGCCUCCAGCCUGGUGUCACCUGCGAGAUCGCUGGAUAUGGGAAGGAGAAAUACGGUUUGUGGUACAAGUCUCAGUACCUCCGAGAGGCUCAGGUGAACCUCCUCGCCGACGAUGUGUGUCGACACCGGGACUAUUACGAAGACAUGAUCACUGACAACAUGUUGUGCGCCGGUCGUCCCGACUGGAGCCAGGAUGCCUGCGAGGGAGACUCGGGGGGGCCUCUGGUGUGCGAGGUCGGGAGCAGGCUCUUCCUGUUCGGAGUCAUCAGCUGGGGCGACGGCUGCGCAAAGGAGUAUCGACCCGGUGUUUACACCAGAGUGACCAACUACAACCGAUGGAUAGAAGAGAAGACGGGGCUGCCAUCCAUCGCCGCUGGCUCCAUGUUCCCUCAGAAGUGAAUGUGGAGCUGUUUGCUCUUCUUCUUCGAGGAUAAAUGUGGCAAUAUAUUAUGAAAUGAUGGCAGAUGUGAAAUACAUUCAAACCUGACAGAAAUAAUACAAAAUACACAUAAUUUGUUGUUCAAACAGCUAAAACUUGCAAAUAUCGUUUUUUCAAGUAUUUUUUAAGCUUUAUUUUUAUGCUGACAUUUCAUUUCAAUACACACAAUGUGUGUCUGCUGCGUCAGGGUAUUUCAUACUUAAACAAUAGCAAGUUUGCUAUUUGGUGCUUUCUGCCUUUAAUGGUUUUGCUAUGUACUUCUAUAUUUUUAUAAAGUAAUGAUUCAUUUUUUACAUUUUAUAGAUUAUUUUUGUUUUGUUUUUAAUUUUUAAUUUGUUGCCUUCAAAUUAAAAAAUAAACAAAUGUUUCUGCAUUUUUAAGCAGCUCUGCACUUUAGCAUUGUACUUCCAUAAAGUAAACUGUCACAUAUCUUCACUGUUCAGUACAAUCCGGUUGUUUUCUGCCACGUUCACAACAUAGAUUUUAUUUUUUAACCACGGGCUCAUAGGCUUUUGUUCUUUAAGUACUACUGAACUUUUUCAUUUGAUUUUUGAUGUUUAUUUUUCUAUAUGUUGUUUUCCACCAAAGGACACAUUGGAAAUAACUGUUGUAACACUGUCUUGAGUAAAUAAAUAAAAUGUAUAAAUAUAAGACUUGAAAUAAAUCAGAAAAUGUU